GAGUUGGUAGCCUUGUGCCUUGCACGGGACGACUAGGGACGACGGACGACCAUUGACGACCAUCGUCUGGUUGUCAAAAAUGUCAAACGCUUCUGAUGUCAUCACCACGUGAGAAAAUUGAUAUAUAACGAAGAUCCAGGCAUGGGGAAGACUACGAGGGUAGUCGUUUGCGGGAUGAAAGGCGUUGGUAAGACCGCCCUGCUGGAGCAGCUCAUAUAUGGAAAUGUCGACGCGAAGACGGAAAUUCAUCCCACAAUCGAGGACAUCUAUGUCGCCAACAUUGAAACUGAUCGGGGCACAAAGGAAAAGAUCAGAUUCUACGACACAGCCGGGCUUGAAUCUCUGCAGAGCAAUGUAAACAAUCAGCAGCUUCCGCGACAUUAUCUCGGCUUCGCCGACGGUUACGUCCUGGUGUACGAUACUGGCAAACCCGAAUCUCUCGAUGUUCUUUUCCCUCUGAAGAAGGACAUCGAUAAGAAUAAGGACAAGAAGGAGAUAACUGUGAUUGUGAUUGGUAAUCGGACUACGAAAACCGAUACCGUGAUGAAUAAUUUGGAGAACACUGUGAGCAAAGCCACCAACUGGUGCACCAGAGAGAAGGUUAAGCAUUACGAGGUAAAUAUCAUGGAUAGAUCAGCUCUGUUUGAGGCGUUUGUGCAUUUGUCAUCCAAGCUGAAUCCUCCUGCUAAUAAAAGUACAUUUUCGCAAUUAAGUAUGGGUAGGAAAAAUGUCAAGGCUGAGGCGCAGUGAUGAUUACACAUUUAAUUAACGAUUUAAUCCAGAUAUAGUGGCAAUACAAGUCCCUUGUGAAUUUUCCACUCAGGUAUAAUGUAUUUAACGUUGACUAAACAGUCAUCAUGCAGACAUGCUUUGAGAUCUCAAUAAUGGUAUAUAUAUUUUUCUGUUGACCUCGUAUGUGAUAUUAGGCGUUGAAAGGGAUAUAAAUGAAUUUGUAGCAAUCAUGGAUGCAUACCAUGAGUUAUGUACUUAAGAAAUCAACAACUUUGCUGGUUUAAAGCAUUGUUUGAUACAUUUAUUCAGUCAGAAUAAAUGUAAAUUUAUCAUGAUAACAAAGUUAUCAAAAUACAAGUUUGUCAAUAUUUUACUUUGUGACUGAUUAUAGUUAUUUAAAAGACUUAUUAUUUAAUCACUUAAAUAUGUUAUAAAAAGUUUAAUGAAUCUCUCUCAUGUGCAUUUCAAAUGUAGAUUAAUUUGAUCUCAGUUUAACUUACUCUUUAUCUCUAUCUGAAACUAGAAAAAGAUAAAAAGUUAAACAAAGAUCAAAAUUAAUGUGCAUUGGUGGAAAUGAACAUUAAAGAUUUAAGAAAUGUACUUAAACCAUGCCUGUGGUUAAGUUUGAAAGUGUAACAUGACUUAUAUAAAAAUAAUAUUCUGUACUUAUUAAAAUUAUGAUUAUUUCAAUAAUAAAUUAUUACUAUUUAUAUAAUAAAAAUAUUAAAUGAA